AUGCCUCUACUUUUACUCCCCAACGAAAUCCUCCAUCACAUAAUCCAGCAUCUGGACUAUGCCUCGGAAGUCAACGCCGUGGCACAGACCUGCAGGGCUCUGCACCCUCUAGCCACCGCCCGUCUCUAUCCACACUGGGCGACACGAUACUCCCCGCGCAGCCUGGACCGCAUUAUAGAAAAUGGCAACCUCGACGCCCUGCGGAAGCUGCUCUCAGCAGGCGUGUACAUGGACACGUAUCGCAAAGCAAACAAAGAUCAACUACCCCUAGCAAAAGCAGCAGCUGAGGGCAAGGUGGCCGUGCUCCAGGAGUUCGUGGACGCAUACGGGCCGGCGGUCAUCAAAGAAGUAGGCCGUAUGCGCCCACUCAUGCACGGUGCAGUAUGUGGAGGACUAGAGGUGCUCAAGUUCCUGGUAGAGCACGGCGCAAAGCACGACACGGCGGCCGUGCUGCAACUCGGCGACGUGCUGGGGUUCGCGGCCCAGCACGGGUCCUUGGCUGUGAUCCGGUAUCUGGUUGAAGAGAUCGGGUGCGAGGUUGACGCGGUUGAUUUUGAUGGUAAGACGCCGCUGUGGUGGACGGCGCUUAUGGGCCGGCUGGAUGUUGUUCAGUUCCUGCUUGUUGCUGGCGCCAAUCCCCAUUCCCAGUGUCUGGAUGAACCCAACGAGACGCCUCUGUAUUGUGCAGCAAUACAGGGCCGGGAAUCUGUCGUGCGAUUCUUGCUCGACCAGGAGAUCUAUCCCGACCUUCAAACUGAGCUCAAUAUGCUGGCACUCGCCCGGAUGGUCGCCGAGGGGAAAGAGGCCAUGGCCGCGCUCAUUUUCGAGCGCGUGGAUCUGGAAACACUUCUUGCGUCUAGCAGUGAGUCCGACCGCUUCUACUUGCUGUUAAUUGCAUGCGCAUGGGGCGAUGAGCCAUUUGUCCGCCGGCUCCUAGAUAUGGGAUACGAGCCCUUCAGACUAGAAUGGGGCGCCGAACCACUGGAAAUAUCAGCACGCAGGGGCUAUACUCAGAUUCUUGGACUAAUUCUCGAUUCGUUGAUGGAGUCGCAUCCCUUCAUGCUCAAGUGCACGCUAGUCCAUGCGGCGUUUUGGGCAGCAGACUGCAACCAAGCAGCUGCCCUACGAGAAAUCCUGGAUCGGGUGGCAGACUGCGUGGGGAAAAUGCAGGACGAAGAUGAAAUGGACAUGUUCGUGGGUCGAGAACGAUUUCCCACGAUAGACGAUGGCGACAGGCUGGAUGGCAUCCUGGAGCAACAAGGUUACGAAGCCUUCAUGUAUUAUGUCUCACUGAAGGUGGGGGUCGUUCAUGAACCAGUUACUCGCCUCUUGCUGGAACGAGAUGCGCUCGAAACAAUCCAGGAGCCAGAGAACGUAAACGAAAUCGUCCGCACGGCACUCAAGGAAGGAAACCCAGCGGUGGUUCGGCUGAUGCUAGAAAAGACGGGGCUCGGCCCCCUCGACGAGCUGGACGAGUAUGAAACAAUUCUAGAAUCCGCCGCCGCAGACAGCACACCGGAGGUAUUCAAGAUGCUACUCGAUAUGGGUGUCACGCUGCAGCCGGGGGAUGCGGUAUGCGAGUCAGCGCUGACCGAAGCAGCACGCAACAAGAAAGCCGAGAUUGUCCGGUUGUAUCUCGACUGCGGCUUCGACGUGAAUGGCGAAUACCAACCGCGGGGCUGGAAUCGGAGCCGCGGCCGCCUGUUGACUUUUGUUACCUGCGCUGUGCCCCGAGUAGACGAGGCCGACCACGACCACCACGCCCUGGAAGUGGUGCGACUCCUACUCGAUCGCGGUGCUGAGAUCGAUGCAAUUGACGGACGAUGCCACACUGCUCUGUCAUAUGCACUGGAGAACAAGCCGGCUGUCGUCCGGGAGCUGAUUGCUCGAGGCGCCGAUUCGCUCUGCGGAUUCGAGACAGAGGAAUCGCCUCUUCAAGAGGUCGCAGGAACAGGCCGUCCGGGGUUAGUCGCGCUGUUCCUCGGAACUUCCAAUGCCUACCGAAUCAAAUAUCAGGACUUCGCUGCUGUGUUCCGUCGCCCUUCGAGGUUCAACUGGGAACGGAUGGAGUAUUGGACGCGGUUCGCGGUCGAGAAAGUGCUGAGACAGCACUACUGGCGAUUGAGGUAUCCUACUCUGGCUACUUGA